UCAGGUCUGUGUGUGUGAGACGACAACCGUGGAGGCCUUAGCCCUGGAUUUCUCAGAGAUGGAGGGUCAAGGCUACGACCGGUUUGGUGAGCUUGAGCAAGACACCUACCAGAUCGACUACCGCCGUAUAGUUGGUGACACUGAGCCUGCCAGGCCGCGCCUCUCGCCCCGUGAAGGGGAACACACACACCCCAACUCCAACCCUCGUGGAGCCUACACGCACACCAACCCUCACGGCCACGGGCACGAGACGGCCGCACAGAGAUACAGUGCCACACGCAUCCAAGCCGGAUACGAACCUGAAAGCAUGGCUGACUACCUGAUCAGUGGAGGGACAGGGUACGUGCCUGAAGAUGGACUGACGGCUCAGCAGCUCUUCUCUAUCGGGGACGGACUCACAUACAAUGAUUUCCUGAUUCUGCCUGGUUUCAUAGACUUUAUUUCUGAUGAAGUGGACCUGACCUCAGCUCUGACCAGGAAGAUCACCCUGAAGACUCCUAUCAUCUCAUCUCCCAUGGAUACGGUCACUGAGUCCUCCAUGGCCAUUGCUAUGGCUCUCAUGGGCGGGAUCGGGAUCAUGCACCAUAACUGUACUCCAGAGUUCCAGGCCAACGAGGUCCGCUUGGUUAAGAAAUUUGAGCAGGGUUUCAUCACAGACCCAGUGGUGAUGAGUCCUCGCCACACAGUGGGAGACGUAUUCGAAGCAAAGGUCCGCCACGGCUUCUCUGGCAUCCCUGUCACCGAGACGGGCAAGAUGGGCAGCAAGCUGGUGGGCAUCGUCACCUCCCGAGACAUUGACUUCCUCUCAGAGAAAGACCAUGACAGACCCCUGGAAGAGGCUAUGACAAAGAGGGAAGAUUUAGUGGUUGCACCAGCUGGCGUCACACUGAAAGAGGCCAACGACAUCCUGCAGCGCAGCAAGAAAGGUAAACUGCCCAUAGUGAAUGACAGUGAUGAGCUAGUUGCCAUCAUCGCCAGGACAGACCUGAAGAAGAACCGAGACUACCCACUUGCCUCUAAAGACUCCAGGAAACAGCUGCUGUGUGGAGCGGCCAUCGGAACCAGAGAGGAGGACAAAUGCAGACUGGACCUGCUGAUGCAGGCUGGGGUUGACGUGGUAGUGCUGGACUCCUCCCAGGGGAACUCUGUCUAUCAGAUCAACAUGAUCAACUACAUCAAACAGAAAUACCCUGAACUACAGGUGGUGGGAGGAAACGUGGUGACUGCAGCCCAGGCUAAGAAUCUGAUCGAUGCGGGUGUGGACGCUCUGAGGGUGGGGAUGGGCUGCGGCUCCAUCUGCAUCACCCAGGAAGUGAUGGCGUGUGGGCGUCCCCAGGGCACAUCAGUGUACAAGGUGGCAGAGUACGCCAGGCGCUUCGGUGUGCCCGUCAUCGCAGACGGAGGCAUCCAGACCGUUGGACAUGUGGUAAAAGCUCUCGCUCUUGGGGCAUCCACAGUGAUGAUGGGGUCAUUGCUCGCAGCAACCACAGAGGCCCCGGGGGAGUAUUUCUUCUCAGAUGGCGUGCGGCUGAAGAAGUACCGCGGGAUGGGCUCCCUGGACGCCAUGGAGAAGAACAGCAGCAGCCAGAAACGCUACUUCAGUGAGGGGGACAAGGUGAAGGUGGCUCAGGGUGUGUCAGGGUCGGUUCAGGAUAAAGGUUCUAUCCAUAAGUUUGCCCCCUACCUCAUCGCUGGCAUACAACAUGGCUGCCAAGACAUCGGAGCCAAGAGCCUCUGCAUACUGCGGUCCAUGAUGUACUCUGGGGAGCUGAAGUUUGAGAAGAGGACCAUGUCAGCUCAGGUUGAGGGGGGAGUACACGGACUCCACUCAUAUUCUUUUGUGCCAUUUAUGAGAAGCGGCUAUACUGAGGGAGGAGGGAGAGUGAGCUCACGAGCAGCACCCAGUGUACCCUCACCAGCAGCCACCAGGCACAACGGAUACAUGUGACCUACCUACAACCAUUACUCAACCUCCACCCAUGUUACCACAUCUAACCUACCUACAACCAUUACUCAACCUCCACCCAAGUUACCACAUCUGACCUACCUACAACCAUUACUCAACCUCCGCCCAUGUUACCACAUCUAACCUACCUACAACCAUUAAUCAACCUCCACCCAUGUUACCACAUCUAACCUACCUACAACCACUACUCAACCUCCACCCAAGUUACCACAUCUGACCUACCUACAACCAUUACUCAACCUCCACCCAUGUUACCACAUCUAACCUGCCUACAACCACUACUCAACCUCCACCCAAGUUACCACAUCUGACCUAACCAUAGCUACUAAUCAGUUCAACCAUUACAUAACCUUUUGGCUAUACAAGGGAAGACCACUGGACUCCUCUCCUCUUGUCUCCCUCUACCUACUCUUUCUCUGUGUUGUGUAAGAUGCUUUUGAGAGACCAAAGAGUCACCUCUGACCUAUGACUUAAUUGAUGUUAUGACAUAAACCACAGGGACUAGGGACUAAGCUUCAAUGGUCAGAUGUAUUGGGUUAUGGCACAGAGCCAUCGGGCUGUAUAAA